AUGUCUACAGAUAGUAAAUUUGUUCAGUCCUGCGUUUUCAGCAUCCCAGGACCGAUUGAGGUCACGGAUGAGGUCCUCUUUGCCAAUGCACAUCCGUCGAUGUCGCAUAUGUCACCCGACUUUGCAAGAGUCUUUGGUGACUGCAUUCGCAUGACUAGACAACUUCUUUACUCAGAGGAUGCGCAGCCGUUCCUGAUCGCUGGGUCAGGCACAUUGGGAUGGGAUCAGGUCUCUGCAAAUCUCGUAGAACCGGGCGAAAACGCGCUCGUUCUGCAUAGUGGUUAUUUUGCCGAUAGUUUUGCAGACUGUUUGCAGACCUAUGGUGCCAAUGUCGACCAGAUCAAGGCUGAGAUUGGUGGUGCUGUUAAGGAAGCUGAUAUUGAGAGCGCACUUCAAGCGAAGAAGUACAAGAUUGUUACAGUAACCCACGUCGACACCUCGACAGCCGUUUUGUCCGACAUCAAAGCUAUUGCAAACGUCGUGAAGAGAGUUUCUCCAGACACACUUGUCGUUGUUGAUGCUGUCUGCUCUGUGGCGAGCGAAGAAAUCCAAAUGGAUGCCUGGGGCAUUGAUGUCGUAUUGACAGCCAGCCAGAAAGGUUUGGGCACGCCACCGGGUCUCAGCAUCCUUGUUGCUUCUCAGAAAGCCGUCCAGGUAUUCGAGAACCGUUCAACGCCAGUCACAACCUACUACGGCAGCUGGAAGAAAUGGCUACCCGUAAUGAAAGCCUACGAGAACAACACUGCCGCCUACUUCGCCACACCACCCGUCAACCUCAUCUAUGCGUUCCACGCGUCCCUCACCCAGAUCAUGCAGGGCUCUGUCUCCCUCGAGCAACGAUUUAAGCUCCACAAGGAGGUCAGCAGGCGCGUCAAGAAGGCAGCAGAGGAAAUUGGAUUCAAGGGCGUGCCUCUCAGUGAGGACGUCCAGGCGAAUGGCAUGUCUGCACUUUACUUCCCCGACGGUUUCACAGCGAGCGAUAUCGUUCCUCGUCUGUUGAAGAAAGACGUCGUCGUCGCUGGCGGAUUACAUGCUAGCAUCAAAGACAAAUACUUCCGUAUAGGGCACAUGGGUGUUUCUGUAGUUGACCCUAGUCGAGGGGACAUUGACAAGGUUAUCAGCGCCGUGAAGGAGUCACUCGCAGAAGCUAAGGUUAGCAAGCAAUAG